AUGGGUCAACUACUUGACAGAAAUUAUGUCGAGUCGAUAAGUUCUGGAAAUAAACAACUCACAAAAAUAUCCGAUAUAUCCGAAUUGCCACCUGAACUUGCUUUAGCAAUUCUUAAAAAUUUAAAUGCUACUGAUUUAUGUCUUGCUGCAUGUGUUUGGCAUACAUUAGCAAGUGAUGAAAUUCUUUGGCUUGGAUUAUGUAAAUCAAUGUGGGGAUAUGCAUCUGUUUAUAAGCGAGCUAAUCAUGAAAGGAUUUCAUUUCGUAAAAUUUAUUUACAACUUGAUGAAGGAACAUUAAGAUUUAAUGCUGGAGAGGGUUUGAUGUAUAUGAUUGAAAAUAGAUUGAUCGAUGAUACAUGUGAAGAAAUCAGUAAAUUCAUACAUCAUACGCAUAAAUUACGUACAUUAGAAAAGCGUAAAUUAUUAAAAGAACGUCGUGAUAUACUUGAAUAUUUAAUUGAACUUCAAUCUUAUGAAAAUCAAUUUUUACCAAAUGCAUUACGUCAAUUUUUUGCCAAACUUGAUGCACCUGAAGAACGUAAUGAAUACUUGUCGAUAUUAAUUGAAAAUUUUUCAAAACGUUUCCAUGCAUGCAAUCAAAAUCUUGGAUUAUCAAUCGAAACAAUUUAUGUUCUAUGUUUUUCAUUGAUUCUACUUUCAAUUGAUCUGGCAUCUCCACAUGUAAAAAAUAAAAUGUCUAAACGUGAAUUCAUUCGGAAUACACGCCGUGCCAUAAUUAAUGGAGCAUUGAGCGACGAAUUAGCUGGUCACUUCUAUGAUAAUAUCUAUUUAAUUGGACAUGUAGCAAAUUCGGCAACUAGCGCACAUUAA